UGUUAGAUGCGGCAUUUACGCGCAACCAAGUUUAGGAGAUUCGUCGUGUACAGGCCGCAUUUUAGAGCCUUAUAUUUUGCACCGUUUAAGCGAUUUUGAGCUAUGUUGCUAAUCGCAGUCAGCUUCGUUAUCCAAAUGUUUUGUUGAUUAGCCGAUUGUUGUUGCGCUCUAUCGCAACCCUCAUUACCAUGUUCAUGCUUAAACCAGCCAUGUUUACCUGAACUUUUGGAAGAGCAUCAAAAAAAGACUUUCUGGAAAACAUGAUAGCUAAAAAGAGGGCUCAGGAGCUCGAAAACCUAGAAAAGUGGCAGAGCCGUACAGAAUACCUGAAAAAUUCUUCAGUAAGAGCGAUGAAAGAGAAACUGUGGACCUCAAAUAAGUGUUACGAUUCCAGCAUUCAGGCCUUUGAUAUGCAGAACAGCAGCUCUGAGUCCAACCUUUUAGAUCGCCGAGAACGUUUAAGGAGUCUCAUUAGUUCGGAGCAUGAGGACCACAAAGAACUUAUUGAGACAUUCGCAUCUAAUCUCAAAGGCAAAAGGAUCGACACAAUACCAGUCGCCGUCAGAAAGCCUUGCAAUUUGAAAUCGGUAGAUAAGCUGCCUACCGAACAUUGUGGAAGUAUUGAUCAGGAUAAUAAAAGAACGACAUGCAACUAUGCCGAAUUCAGUUUAGUGCAGGACUUGAACAAACAGACACAACUUAUGUGUCAUAAUGAUGGUAAUGAUGCAACUGAGCCUGGUCGUCGUUGCACACAGUAA